AACUAAAACAUCCUCUGCUUCUCUGACGAAUGUUGCUGCAAAACUAGCAAAGAGAAGUUGAUAGAUGACAGGACAGCAGAGAAAUUAGAAAGAAAAAAAAAAGAGAGAAGCAAACAGGGUUGAGGGUGAACGGCCACGACUGGAAACGGACAGCUAACGGUGCUUCAGAUGCUGCGACUCAAUAUUUCAUCCUUGACAAAUAGAGAGAGGUUUUUAUUCUUUUCAAAUGAAGAAUUGGCUCAAAAGCCUAUCAACUGAAAUGAAUUGAGGAUCUUACAGAUGAAAAAGGAUACUCCUUGUAGAAAUUUUUCAAACAGUCAGAUAGAUGCAGCUGAGUGCAUGAAUAUGGGGAUGUUGCUUCCGCAAAAUAUUUAUAGGGCCCUAGAUCAUCAUCAUCAUCAUCAUCUGUCAUAUAUGAUCUGCAAAUAUAACUUCUGGGGGAUUUCCAUGUGUGACUUUCAAAUUUCCAAAACCUAUUUCUUGAACCAAGAAUGUUAGUCUUUGGCCUCAUGCUGACCGGUCUUCCAAGGCUUAGAUGUUUAGAAUUCUUGUAUUCUUUUCCCAAAUUGACCAACAGUGUAAAGCAAAUCCAUGCUCAAUUGAUCACUAAUGGCCUGAAAUCUCCCUCCUACUUUGCCAAGUUAAUUGAGCAUUAUUGUGACUCACCAUACCAACACAUUGCCUAUAAUGCGCAUUUGGUGUUUGAAAACUUCGAUAAACCAGACUUGCUUCUCUUCAAUACUUUGAUAAGAUGUGUUCAACCCAAGGACUCUAUUCUUAUUUUUCAAAAUGAGUUUUCAAGGGGUGUCAUGGUUUUUGAUGAUCACACUUACAAUUUUGUUCUCGGAGCCUGUGCUCGCUUUCCUUCACCUUCAACAUUAUGGGUAGGUAGACAGCUACAUCCUUUGAUAGUAAAACAUGGGUUUGAGCCAAAUGUUUUGGUUCAGACUACCCAAAUACAUUUUUAUGCUUGCAACAAAGAUAUUAUAUCAGCCCGGAAAGUGUUUGAUGAAAUGCUGGAGAAAAAUAGUGUAACAUGGAAUGCUAUGAUAGCAGGUUAUUGUUCCCAGAAAGAAGGAAACAAGAGAUAUGCACUUAAUGCAUUGUCUUUGUUUAAUGACAUGUUGGUUUAUUCAAGGGGAAUUAAACCAACGGAUACUACCAUAGUGUCUGCACUUUCAGCGGCUUCUCAAAUCGGUAUGUUAGAAACUGGUACAUGCAUACAUGGGUUUGCGGAAAAAACAGUAGCUACUCCUGAAGAUGAUGUGUUUAUAGGAACUGGGCUAGUGGAUAUGUACUCAAAAUGUGGAUGUCUUGACAGUGCCUUAUCUGUCUUUUGGCGAAUGAAUCAGAAGAAUAUUUUGACUUGGACAGCAAUGACUACUGGCUUAGCCAUCCAUGGGAAAGGAAAACAAGCCUUGGAGGUUUUAUAUAAAAUGGGGGCUUACGGUGUGAAGCCGAACGAAACCACAUUUACAAGCUUGUUGUCAGCAUGCUGUCAUGCUGGACUUGUUGAAGAAGGCCUUCAAUUGUUCCAUGAUAUAAACAGAAAGUUUGGAGUAACGCCUCAGAUACAACAUUAUGGUUGCAUCGUUGACCUUCUUGGCCGAGCCGGACAGUUGAAAGAAUCUUAUGACUUCAUCAUGGGGAUGCCAAUUAGUCCUGAUGCUGUUAUAUGGAGGAGCUUGCUUGGUGCAUGCAAGAUUCAUAGGGAUGUUGUGAUGGGAGAGAAAGUGGGGAAGUUUCUUCUACAAUUAGAAAAGCAGGGUUGUGCAGAGUUGGUUCCAAAGAGUGAGGACUAUGUAGCUAUGUCAAAUGUUUAUGCUUCAGCAGAAAGGUGGGAUGAUGUUGAAACUGUGAGGAAAAAGAUGAAAACCAAGGGUAUUUUGAACAAAGCUGGUUGUAGCUUUGUUCAAACUGUCAGCAUGGCUGCUUUGUAAUUAAAAUUUAAAAAAUGAAGUUAUCAUGACCACAAAGUUAUCCGACAAA